GUCUUGUUUAAGAGCAGGUUGCAUCAAAAUGAUCCGUGAAUUGCUUCUCGUACAGAUUCUAUUAAUCUUCAGUUUCCAUAAAUCUGAUGCAAAAUUGACAGUCGAAUGCAUUGUUGACUAUCUUAAGUUCAAGCAUUUUGAUACGGACUAUUUCUCAUCAGUCAACAAGUAUGAUGGAAAUCCAACCGAUUGCACCAACGAGAUUAGAUCGCAGAAUGAAAACUUUUAUAAUAAAGUUCGUACAAAAUUUACUAAUCAUGUAGCAAGAAAAGAAUAUGCUGAUUGCGCUGUAAAGGAAGUUAAAGCCGAAACUCAGUUUGAAAAUUAUCGAUUAGCAGCACUUGGUGCUGAAAUGAAGGGCGUUGGAUUAAAGUUUUGGAAAUCUAGUGAUAAGAAUAAGUACAUCCAAGAAAAUCAGAAUAAGGCUCUCGAAUUAGAAAAUAAUGGACUGGUUAACUGUCAAGGAAGGAAGAAGUAUGGAGAAUUUUUCGAUUCUUUCUAUGAUCAGAAGAAAAGUGAACAGCUUACUGUUGAUUUUGAGUACUGCUUAAGGAAGUACCUUGGAGACAAUAACAUAAUUAAGCAUAAUCAGUAUGGAUUCAGUACAAAUAUGAUUCAAGCUGCAAGAUCUAGGGGAAUUAGAUGUGAUGACAUAAUGAGAGUCACUAAAGAUCAAAUGAAAGCUCAAAUUAGUGCUGAUGGAGCUGAAGCAUGUACUGUCGAAAGAUUUGUCGCUAAUGGAUAUUUAGAUGAAAUUCUUAAAGUUCAAAUGCUGUCAAAAUUGGAAAUGACGGCCAGUGAAAAGGAAGCUGAAAAGGAGAAUUUCAUUAAGAAAAUGAUUUCAUUGACGAACCUUAUUAAAUCAUGUCCUCUGCCAUUGCAUUGAAUAAAUAAAUGAGAUUCUUUUUUAUUCUAAAA